UCCGCCUUUCGCGUCGUCGUCUUUCCCGCCUCGCAAAUUGCUUUCCGUCGACGACCUUUCACCCAUGGCUGGCUCUGGUAGCGCUGCUGACGUGGACGAUGAGGAUAGGGAUGAAGCAGCAGCCGUGGAUGAAGCUCUUUGCCCAGCGACGGCAGGUGACCGCAGCAGCAGCAGCGGCGAGUACCGGCACGUGGCGUUCGCGGAUGCGAACAGGGUGGUGAGGGAGGGCAGGGCGGAGGAGUGGCAGGUGCGGCCCUCGGUCAAGUACAGGUGGCGGUUGCCCGCAGGCGGAGCGGAGGGGGAGUGUGGAGUGGCGUGGAGGGAUGUGAACUGCGCCGCAGCUGGCAGCGGGGCUGACCAAGGGCGGGGGAAGAUUCUCCUGGCGGGCGAUUCGCUGAGCUCGCUGACCUACCUCUCGUUCCGCAACCACAUGAGGAUGUGCUCCGAAGCAGGGGCUGCGGGCGGCUGGGCGACACACGCAGGGCACACGGGUAGCGCUAGCGUGACUAGCAGUAGAAGCAGGGCUAGUGGCGAUUCAGGGGAGGGGGCUGGUGAUGACAGUUUCGCCAGAGGGUCGAAUGGCGAGAGUGACAAUGGCAAAAUCGCUAGAGGAAAUGGAGCGAUGGUGAGUGAUGACAUGAACGGGCCGCCUCUGCCAAGCGAGAUGGAGGAGUCAAAGUUGGCCGUGUGCACGGCAGAGGUUGAGCAGUCGGUGAUGCGCAACAUGCACAACCACGUGCUGUGCGACUCCGUCACAUACGGCAACACCACCGUCACCAUCGUGCGCAAUGAACGUGCUCCACACCAAGCACGUGCGCCAGCUCAAAUUCCCUAAAAUGAUCUCCUUCCCCUGGUUCAAAAGCUGUCCUUCCUGGGAGUGGCACUGCCGUGCUUGUGCUGAACCGCGGUGCUCACUAUGUCGAGGAUGAAUGAGUUCACAGAACAGCUAAGCGUGACACUUACCAAAGUGCGGGAGGCAGCACCGGAGCUGUUGAUUAUCUACAGGAGCACGCCUCCUGGGCAUGUUCACUGUGAGAACAUCACUGCCCCUCUGAAGGAGCCGCAGGACCCAGCGUCGUUGCCGUUUCAU